GGAAGUUGGUGGAAUUUCGUCUGCACAUGGGAUUUCGCUGCACCGUUGUAAUUUUCUUCGUACAUCUGUCCUGCCAACAUGGAGAGUGAUAUUCUGGAUUCACUUGAGGAUCUCGGCUAUGCGGGUCCAUUAUUAGAAGCAGAAAACCUAUCAAAGGCUGUAGAAGAGGGACCAAAAAGUGUUGAUUACACAAAUCUUGUAGAAUGGCUGACUAAGGCACUACAAGAACUCUGUGGUUUGGAGGAACAUGUAAAUGCCAUAUCAAGUGCAGACGACUCCAGUAAUUUUAUGCUUGAGCUAAGUGGUUUUCUGAGGGAAUUUGGUUGCCCUUACAAAGCUUUGUCAGAUGGCCCAAUAAGCCAAAGACUGUCGUCUAAAGAAAGCCGUCUUCAACUUUUAGAUUAUCUGAUAACAGAAUUGGCUGCUACACGCAUGAUACUAGUGAACAAACCAGGGGCUCUGAAGCCCACUGAAGUGCCAGCAACCGAACAGAAUUCCAUGAAUGAAAGCGAUACAGCGAAACAUUUGAAGUUGAUGCUGAUUGCACUGGGAUUCCCCAAACCUCCUACAUCAAUAACACCCUUUCAGUUGUUCAGUAAACUGGAGGCGAAGAUACAGGAAUGCCUUAGCAAGUGUUCCCCGAGUCACAUGGGCAAACCACUGAUGAAGGGAAGACUGUCAGAAAAACAGUGGACUCAGGUACUUAAGAUUAACGAGGAACUGUCUCAGGAAUACCAACUUCGACGUGAAAUGUUGCUAAAACGGCUGGAUGUCACAAUACAGUCGUUUAUGUGGUCGGAUAAAGCAAAGAACAAGGAUAAUGAGAUAGCUGAGAAAUAUCAACCAAUUAGAAAAUCUCUUUCGCCGAAGUCAACAAUUACAAUAGCCCAGAUUUUAGCAGCAAGAGAUGACCUUACCAAACUUCAGAAAACUAGCAGUGGAGCUGCCAGGGAAAGAACAAAAUGUGCCAUAAACAAAGUGAAAAUAGGAUAUGUCCCUGACAGGGGAGGGCGAGCCUGGGAGCUAGAACCUCCUCCCCCAGAGAUGCCGUCUUUUAUGAAGAGAUCAGAUGCACCACAACAGCAAAGGCAAUUUGGUGGACGAGGUGGCAGAGGAGGUGGUGGACAACGCGGAGGUGGUGGAAACCGUGGAGGAGGUGGAAACCGAGUUCAAGGAGGCUGGUCGGACAAUAAACAGUCUCAGAACUAUGGUGGGAACUGGAACCAGGGAGGAGGAGGUUAUGGAGGGGGAGGUGGGGCACAUUAUAACCAGGGAUACAACCAACAAGGUGGUGGAGGGGGAUACAGCAACCAAGGAGGCGGCUAUAGCAACCAAGGAGGUGGCUAUAGCAACCAGGGAGGUGGCUAUGCUAACCAAGGAAGUAGUUACCAAGGAGGUGGUUAUCGGGGUCGUGGAGGGGGAGGUAGGGGUCGUGGUAGAGGAGGGAGGGGUGGAAGAGGGAGGGGAGGAUAUUAGGUACAUGUACAGCCUUUUGCAAGCUUAUGUUAAGUUUGUAUCAGCUUGGCAACAUCUCUGUUACUUAAGUUUUUGUGCUAGGUAUACAAUUUUGAAAAGACUUAGCAUGCCUGAUUUUAUAAUUUAAUGUACUUUUUAGACUCAUGAGAGCUGUGCAAUUUUAUUUCAAGAAGGAAGAAAGCUAUGUUCUCUCUCUCUUUUUCUUGCACUGAAGUUAGCAUAAUAUUGAGCAGUCAAGUAACUAAAUAUAUGUAACAGGUAAAUAAUUUUUGUGAAGUAUUCAAUACCGGGGAUUUAGAGGUUAUGGUAGGAUGAGAAAAAAUGAUUAAAUAAAUUAAAGAUGAAUAAAACUAAUUAAUAUUUAUUAAACUUUAAAUUUUAAUUUUUACUCAUUGAAAAGGAAUAAGUUUGGAUUGUGAGAAAGAGCUGUCUAGAAUUUGUUUCAGACAACUUUGAUUCAUGUCAAACUAAAUCUUAAGUUUUUAUUCGAAACUAGCCAAUGUACCAUGCAGUAUUCUAAAAAUAAGGUAGCAUGUCUGUUGGUUUGAUAUUUAUAUACAGUUACUAGUAGUUGAUAUGCAAUAGUUUUGUGCUACCUCCCAUUCUUGUAUUACUUCUUGUACAUGUAUUUGGAAAGAAUUAGUUCAUUUGGAUUUGAAUACUUAAGUUUAAAGCUUAAAACCCGUAAUGUCACAAACUAUACAAAUAUCACAAGACUGUGCUCUAGUUAGAAUUAUAAGUGUGUAAUUGUUAAAUGUGGUAGUGUACUUAGAAUUCUAAUUAGUAUUUUACAGUACAUGAGCCUUAAUUAUUGUUAUUUCGGCGUUUUAGGAAACAAACAUAUUAAAUUUGUGAUAGUUCUGGAAUUUAUUAACUUUUGGAAGUUACUAAACAAAAAAUCGCUUUUAGAAUGAGGCCACAUUUGGACAUGUAUCUGUUUACGAUCAUCUAAGUUACUUUGUAAUUAUAAAAACUUCAUUAUGGCUCUGUUACACCAGAAGGUAAUGGACUUCUGGUUACACUCAAACAUGGUAAUGUGAACAUAGUGCUAAAGUCAGAAGCACAAUCUGUCUGCCUUGUUUUGUGGAGCUGUUCGUUAUUGGUAAAGAGGGCCUCUUACCAUAUAAUUGUUUUCAUUUGGGUCUUGAAGGUGAACAUUUUUCAAGUAACUUACAUUUCAGUUUCAAUCAAGUCAGCUGAGUUUUGGAUGGUGAAAUGCACUGAUGUCCAACUUUUCUAAAAGCAAGAAAUUAAAAAAUAGA